GAAACUUGGAAGAGAGCUUAUGGAUUAUGAGAAGGAGAUGUUUCUUUAUCCGAAAACCUGUUUCGUUUGUCAUGAAAGUAACUUGGAUUUGUUGAGGAAUUGCAAGUGUGGGGUAAGCCUUUGCAAGAUCCACGAGAACGACUUUAGACAUCAACAACUUUGCAAACAUUUGUCGCUAGCUUUCCAGCUUUCGAUGAUGGAAAGCCCGCCCGAUUUGAAUGGAUUAAUUAAAUUCAAACCAGAAACAGCUUUUCCAAGCUCAAUGCAGGAAUUCUUGGAUUCUUUUUUCCAAUUCAAGAAAAGGAAUGAGGAUUUGCACAAGUUGAUGCUUUCCAAUUUGCACACCAGACCAUUAACUUUUGUUUAUGCUGUGAUGAAACUGAACUUGAUUGAUUCUUUUAUGGUCAUUCAUGUGAUCGGAGCUACUGGAAUGGAAGUUGCUACCUAUGCUAACUGGAUGCCUGUCUUCUUUUUAUUAAAAAGGCUACAAAAUCUAAAGAUCGUUUUUAUUGGACCGAAGAUUUUUAGCGAAAGUUAUAGUCUUGAUAGUUUCUUUCACGAUUUUCCUAGUUGUCUUAAAAUGGAAGAAGCAACCUUACAAGUGGAAUGUCAUGCUUUAAGAUAUGAGCAAUACUGCAGAAGUGAUUUAUUCGUCCAACCCAACAUCAUUUUGGGAUACAAUCUCAAUCUGCAUGAAAGUGAGUUGGGAAUGUCAGACUGCACUUGGAAAGAUACAAUUUUGAUGUUGGAGGAACUGGAGGUUCCUUUUGCCUUAACGGCAGGAUCAGAGGAUCGAGCAAGGAAAGAUCAUGAAAGGUUGUGCAAACUUUUAGGGAAGUCUGUUGAUUAUUUUUCCCUGGACAAAAAUCCUUUUGGAGGAUUUAUUCCCGAGAGGGACUUCGAAACGGAAGAAUUGCUUUAUUCGAAUCAGCACGUUAUUAUCUAUGAUGGAUUCUAUGAAAAUUUUGAUGGAAAAAAAGAGAGUUCAGAAUCUGACUUUGUCGACUGUCAUAUAAAUUGAAAUUUCAAUCUUAAUUUGAAACAAUAAAUAUUAGGUUGAUUCAUUUUGCGAGGUGAACAAAAAAAAUUAAUUAAUUAACAUUUUUAAACUUAUUUUUAAGGAAAAUAAUUUUAGAUUUUCAGAUUUUUUUUAGAUUUUAGCUAAAAAAAUUGAUUUAAUAUUUUUUAAAGAAUUCUGUCAGCCCUUAUUUUCAAGAAACUUUCGCCUUUUCUUGUUCCUUCUGCUUGAAUGCAAAAUGAAAUAACAUAAUCCAAUAAGAAAGUCCAUCCAUUUUUUGUUAGAAAGCUGAUUCUUUUUUUUUUAAAGUACUAUUAUAUUUUUUGUUCGUAGUUUAUCUUUUUGGUUAAAAAUGUUAUUAUUUCUUAAGAAAAUUAAUUUUUGCGUUCACAAUUCGACAAUUCGUUAAAGUUAUAUUUUUGGUCGAAAAUUUAAUUGUUUUGUUUAACAUUCGUAUUUUUUGAUAGAAUGUUCUAUUU